AUGUUCCUAGCCACUUCUGAUAAAACUAGAAGAUUAUCUCAUACUUUUCGUUGGGUAUACAAGUAUUUCAGCACAUUGACAGGAGUUAGAGAUUACUAUAAUAUCUUAAAUGUCAAAAGUACAGCAUCCCCAGAAGAAAUUAAAGCUGCCUACUUAGAUCUAUCUAAAAAGUACCAUCCUGACAAGUGUUUAGAUGAUAAAGCAAAGGUACAUUUUGCCGAAGUAAGCGAGGCGUAUUCGGUCCUUGGGAGGUCGGAAUCUCGUCAAGAAUAUGACUUAAAUAGAAAAGUCAAUGCUUUUGGAAUUAGUGCUGAUGCUUUUCGAAUGCAUUAUCCUCAUCCACCACCUGAUCUUGACAAGGUUGGUUUUGAAGCUUAUGGGGACGAAAUGCGAAGAAGAUGGGUGGAAAAAAUGACACAGUGGGCAAAAGCACAAGGUCAGUAUGAACUCGAAAGAGGCAGAGCAAUGAAACCUAGCACGGGUGUUUAUCAAUUUGUCCCUCCAAUAACCGGAUAUACUCAUACUAAUGGUCUUCUUUUCAUUUCUACAUUUUUAGCUGGUGCUGUAUUACUCAUAAAAUCACUGUCAUAG